UACAGCAUUACUCUGGUUAUUCAUAUUGAAGCAUAAACUGUUUAAAAAUAAAUUUAUUCAUAUUGUUUUUAAGACAUAGUACCAUUGGAUACUUAAAAUGGGAAGAUUUCCGAUUAUAGUUUAUAUCAGUUGUUUUGUUUUCGUUUAUGGCCAGACAACGCAGAAAGUUUGCUGGGAUUCAAAAUGGUACAACGAUUCUGGUGUCCUAAGAAACAGAUCAAGUUUUGAACACCAGUCGGUAAAGGUGCUAGAUACCAUUUGCUCAAAUGGACCAGUAACUGCUGCGCAGUGUAAGGACGAUAAAGGAGAACCAUUUAAUGUAGCCAUAAACUCUACUGCAAACCACUACUACGUAGUAUGUAACCACGUGAUCGGACUUAUAUGUCAUCCUUACAAUAAUUCAAUAAACGCAACAUGUCCCGACUUCGCAAUACAAUAUGGUUGUAACUGCCCAACAAAAGCAACAAGAGGAGUAAGUACUAUGAGUGCGCAAGGAAUGUCUGUUUAUACAAAUAGCGGUGGCGUCAAUACUGGUUCCCAGAGUACCGGAAGUGGAGCAGGAUCGAGUGCGUCUGGUCAGCAAAAUGGUCAUUGCAGAAACAAUGGUCAGCAUUACGGAGCCAGCCAUUUAGUGCUGCUGUUAUGUGCCAUGACCCUAAAAGUUCUUUUUUAACUUUACGAUUUGCGCUGUCGAGCAACAUGGCGUCUGUUGAAGCGGUAUUACUACAUGAUACAUUAGAAAAUAUCAACCGAAAUGUAUAGAACAAAGAACAUGUAUGUAAGAAAUAGAAAUUUUGAAUAAUCCAAUAGUAAUAACAAUAUUCACUGCAGCUGACGAACAUCAUAGUUUACAAGUUACAAUCAUGUCUUAAAGCAAUAAAUGGUAAU